CAGUCAGGAAGAGGCGGGGCCUCAGUACAGGACGUUGCCCAGCGUUGUUCAUUCAACAUGGCAGCGGGACCAAUUUCAGAAAGAAACCAAGAUGCCACUGUGUAUGUUGGUGGCUUGGAUGAGAAAGUGUCAGAGCCGUUACUAUGGGAGCUUUUCCUGCAGGCCGGUCCUGUGGUCAACACGCACAUGCCCAAAGACCGAGUGACUGGCCAGCAUCAAGGUUAUGGCUUUGUAGAGUUCCUUAGUGAAGAAGAUGCUGACUAUGCCAUCAAAAUCAUGAAUAUGAUAAAGCUCUACGGCAAACCCAUUCGAGUUAAUAAGGCCUCUGCGCACAACAAGAACCUGGAUGUGGGUGCUAACAUCUUCAUUGGUAAUCUGGACCCAGAGAUAGAUGAGAAACUGCUCUAUGACACGUUCAGUGCAUUUGGCGUGAUUCUCCAGACGCCAAAGAUCAUGCGAGACCCAGACACUGGCAACUCCAAGGGUUAUGCUUUUAUCAAUUUUGCCAGCUUUGACGCAUCAGAUGCCGCCAUUGAGGCCAUGAACGGCCAGUACCUCUGUAACAGGCCCAUCACCGUGUCCUACGCCUUCAAAAAGGACUCCAAAGGAGAACGACAUGGCUCGGCUGCAGAACGACUCUUGGCUGCGCAAAACCCCCUUUCCCAGGCAGACAGGCCACAUCAGCUGUUUGCAGACGCUCCACCCCCACCGAGUGCUCCAACGCCUGUCCUAACGGCAAUGGGUGCCGGGAUGCCAAUGCCAGGCAUGCCACCUCCUGGUUUCCCUCCUGUUCCUCCUCCUGGAUCUAUGCCCCCAUCAAUGGCCAUGCCUCCGAAUGCAGGGGGACCAGGCCAACAAGGUGGCGGUGGUGGGCCCCCACCCGGACCACCACCCUUCCCUCCUGGCAACAUGCACCCAGGUAUGCCUCAGAUGCCCAUGCCCCCUCCUGGUCCACCUGGCAUGGUGCCUCCACCUCCUGCUCCCCCAGGAUCAAAUCAGUCGCGGGCCCCGCUACCACCUGGCAUGCCCCCACCCCCGCCUAUGGGCAUGCCACACAGAGCACCGUAUGGACCUCCCAUGGGUCACCCUGUGCCUCCAGGUAUGAGAGGGCCUCCUCCCAUGCCUCCACCUGGCUACGGUGCUGGCCUUCCGCCACGUCCACCUUUUGGCUUCCAGAGAGGACCUCCAAUGCCUCCAAGGCCCCCCGGUGUCCCGCCCCGCAUUCCCAUGAGAGCACCAAUGCCACCCUAAUCCAUCUCAGGCGGCCAAAACAUGCAUUCAUUUUUCUUAUUUUUUUUUUUUUUAAACAUCUUAAGAUCUACUCGAGUUUCUUAUAGUGAGAAUAAUUUAACCCUGUUUUUUCGGUGAUUGUACAGAUGAAGACCUCCGACGAUUAAAAUUUUUAGUACAA